CUCCGUUUUUAAGCUCUGCAGUGUUUUAUGCCACUUUCCAUUUCACAAUCCAAUGCGCAAAUGUUCUUUGUCUUUCGUGCAAGUUCUUCCAUGUUUCGUCAAUAGAAAACAUAUCCAAGAUCCCGGCUGAUCGUCCUCCUUUUGAGAUGAUCCAGGGAUUUCCAACUAUCGCUUUUUCCUGAUCCUUUUAAAAACUUGAGUCCUGCGCGCCUUGAACUUCGUCUGUGGUUCUCACCUAAAAACGGAGAUACCGCAACUAUCUUUGGAUAAAGACUGUGUUUUUUUCUCUUGCUGGAACUCUGGAAGAUUGUUUUCUAAUUCGUGGGAAUUAGGACUAUCUAACUGACUUUUUUUUUUGUUUUAAGGAUAAACUUUUAAGGGCAUUUUGAUGUUUUCCAUUCAAGAUGGUCUCCCGCGGGGAGCGCUGACCAUGAAGGAGGAGCCGCUCACGGGUGGCAUGACACCAGUUCGCUCCUGGAUGCAGGGCGCCGGGAUUCUGGAUGCGAGCGCUGCAGCUCAGAGUGGAGUGGGCCUGACCCGAGCCCACUUUGAGAAGCAGCCUCCUUCUAAUCUUCGCAAGUCCAACUUCUUCCACUUCGUCUUGGCGCUGUAUGACCGGCAGGGACAGCCUGUGGAGAUUGAGAGGACAUCGUACAUGGACUUUGUGGAAAAGGACAAGGAGUAUAAUGGGGAGAAGACCAACAAUGGCAUUCACUAUCGACUUCAGCUUCUCUACAACAAUGGCAUUAGGACAGAGCAAGACUUGUACGUGCGCUUGAUAGACUCAAUGACCAAACAGCCCAUCAUUUAUGAAGGACAGGACAAGAACCCGGAGAUGUGCCGAGUUCUUCUCACCCAUGAGAUUAUGUGCAGUCGAUGUUGUGACAAAAAGAGCUGCGGGAAUCGGAACGAGACACCAUCUGACCCAGUCAUUAUUGACAGAUUCUUCUUGAAAUUCUUCCUCAAGUGCAAUCAGAAUUGUCUGAAAAAUGCGGGGAAUCCAAGGGACAUGCGGAGAUUUCAAGUGGUGGUGUCCACGACUCUUAAUGUGGACGGCCAUGUCCUCGCUGUCUCAGACAACAUGUUUGUGCAUAACAACUCCAAGCACGGCAGAAGGACCAGACGCGUGGAUCCAUCUGAAGCAGCAACGCCAUGCAUUAAAGCUAUCAGUCCCAGUGAGGGCUGGACAACGGGAGGUGCCACCAUCAUUAUCAUUGGGGACAACUUCUUCGAUGGGCUGCAGGUGGUCUUUGGAACGAUGCUUGUGUGGAGUGAGCUCAUCACUCCCCAUGCCAUCCGAGUUCAGACCCCCCCACGGCACAUCCCGGGAGUGGUGGAGGUUACACUGUCCUACAAGUCCAAGCAGUUCUGUAAAGGUGCUCCAGGACGCUUUGUCUACACAGCACUAAAUGAACCAACUAUUGACUAUGGCUUCCAAAGGCUACAGAAGGUCAUCCCAAGACAUCCGGGAGACCCUGAGAGGUUACCCAAGGAGGUGCUGCUGAAGAGAGCUGCGGACCUGGUAGAGGCCCUGUAUGGAAUGCCGCACAACAGCCAGCAGGACAUCAUCCUGAAGCGGGCGGCCGAUCUGACGGAGGCUCUGUAUAGUGCCCCCCGCAGUCACACCCAGCUGCCUUCCCUGACCCCCGCCCAUUCAGGAAUGAUGGGCGUCAACUCCUUCAGCAGCCAGCUGGCCGUCAAUAUCUCAGAGGCAUCCCCUACCGACCAGGGUUACUCCCGUAACUCCGGCAGCGUGUCCCCACGUGGCUACGUGCCCAGCUCCACCCCCCAGCAGUCUGGGUACAGCACCAUCACCUCCACCAUGAAUGGCUACAGCACCACCACUAUGACCAACCUGGCCAUGCCUGGAUCACCCAGCUUCCUCAAUGGCUCUUCCACAAGUUCCCCCUAUGCAAUCAAACAGAAGAGCGCCUUCGCCCCUGUCAUGCGGCCACCGAGCUCCCCACCCCCCGUCUGCACCAAUACCAAUGGGAGCAGCCUGCAGGCUAUGGCCGGACUGAUAGUUCCGCCUAUGUGAGGAGCGACUUCUUUGCUGCUUAUUUUAUACCACAGCAUGAACUUCAGCUAUUCUGCUUUCUGUUUUUGGCAGCAUCUCUCGUAUCAAUGCUAUUAAUGGGACUGGCUCACUGCGUCCCCCGGAUCAUCACAUACCGCUGCCUUUGUAAUGACAUCGUCCUCUGUUCCGCAGUGUUCCUAAACUCAUUUUCAGUUCGUGCAGAAAUUCAUUAGAAAAACGUUGCUGUUCAGUGCAAACACUGUAAACGAUUUCAAACUUAGAGACUCACAAAACAUAACAAGGAUGUCAGUGACAUUUCAACAGGAGAAUUAAUGCACGGUAUAUGGAAUUUCUAGACUUCAGUACAAAUAGAAUGAGGCUAUAAACUGAGUUGUUUAUUCAUGGUUCUGUAUAUCUGUCAUCCAGAAUGUUAUUGUCCAGCAAGUUCUCUUUUUUUAAUCAGUUUUAGAGAAUUUUUCAGUGCUCUCACAUUUGGAAAAAAACAACUUCAGUCUGCAUGCUUAAAGGGUGCAUCCCCUAAAACUCCCAUACAUAUUUUGGUUUCCUGUAUUACCAUGUAUAGACAUAGUUUUGUUAUUAGAUAAGAAAGGAACUCUUGGUUUUUCCACAACAUUUUUUAAUUUAGCAGCUGUCAAAUUGUUAAUUUUCAGAAACUCAUUGUAGUUGAAUCCAGAAUCCAGAACUGUUAAAAUGUAAUUUUAAAUAAAUUAUAAAUUAUUAGAUUAAUGUAAAUAUAUUUUAAGAUGACCAUUAAAUGUUAUAUUACAAAUACACACACUAGUGUCACUUCCCAAUUAUUUGUCUCAAAAUUUGUAGCCUCUGGUAAAUUUACAGGCUUAUAACGUAUACCUCAACUAAACAUAUGAGUUAAUAAGUAAUAUAUUUUCAAUGUAAGAUUGUUAUGUUGCUGUUCUUAAAGAAUGCACUUUUAAAAAUGCAGUUUUCUCUUCUAUUUGAAAUCCUAAGGCAUUUGUCUUUCUUAAACCAAUAGGAAGUCAUUUAAUUGAAACCACAAUGAUUUAGCCAAAUCAGAAAUCAUGACUUUUUAUGAAUAUUUAGGUACAGGUUUUUAUUAAAGGUUUAAUUGUCCAAAAUAUACAUAUUGUAGGCAUGGUUUGUUUUUUUUAUCGUUUUAAGCAUGAAUAAAAAAGAAAACUUUGAAGAGCACACCUGUCUAAUCCAUGUAGAACAAUAAAAUGAAAACUUUGUACAGAAACCGAAAAGUGAUGAAUGUGGAAUGGAAAAAAUGGCUCUUUUUUUAUUUCAAAACAUGAAGAAAUGUUGUUUCCCCAUCAUUUUUAUGAAUUGUAUAAAGCAUGGUUUAAUUUCUUUUUUUUUAUGUUUCGAAUAUGUUUCAUUGUAGAAAACACGUCCUUUGUGGAGGCAGCUGACUCUUGGAACAGAAACAUACACAAAAAAUAUAAAUAUGAAUGUAUAGAUGGGCAUCAGGGUGUCGUUACCUUUGUUUGUUGGGGCUUAGGGCUCCCAUUUCUCAGGAGGUUUGCUGCUGUGCCCAUCAUUCAUUGGCUGUUAUUCAAAUAACAUUCACAGCAUAACCAUAAAGAACAAAGAGUUCCAAUACACCGAUACCACAACCUGAUACCAUCCAAAAGAUUAAGCUAGAUGUAACGCAAAUCAUGCCGCAAUCAUGUAACCCAGAAGCUGACCUGUUUUUGGAAUAAUCUUCAAUUUAUAUUCAAAUAAUCAAAUAUAGGUCUACAUACUACAUACUGUACUUCUGUGGGAUAUCUGUACAGUAAAAAAAAAAAAACUUAUGAAUGAAAAUAUGCAAUUUACUAAAGUGUGUAUUUAUUAAUGUGACGAGUUCCAAAAAACUAUCAAGUUUUACAGAAGGACGUCUUCCUAAUUAUCCAUAUUAAUUGGAAAAUACGGGGCUAGAAUCUCUUCGCUUUGAAUCAAGCUCUGAAUAUUUGGUCUAUCGUAUUUAAAAAUAAAACCAUGGCUACGGUAGCAGCAGUACAUGUCCAACAGGACAGGUUGUUUGCCUUGUGCAUUAUUUACAGCGGACAUUGUUUGUGUUCUGUACUAAUAUAUAAUGAGUAUAAAUGUAGAAUGUACUAAGAUAAAUAUGUGACCAAAGUAAUAUUAGUUAUGCAAAAGGGAUUAAUGAAAGGCAAUGUCUUUGCUGUUUAUUUAGACUAUUAUAAACAUAAAUUAAUAACCACAGAAGUAACCUGUUUCUGUUUUUAGACAGAUGAGAAAUUAAUAAAUUGGAUUUUUUUUUCCUAUGGUGUCAAGUGCAGUCGUGUUAUUUUUAUCUAGAAAAAAAAUAUUUUGUUACUCAGCUGCAAUUUUAAUGACAAUGCCCCCUCUUCUAUACUAUAAAAAGUAAAUAUAAUAAUAAAAAAAGAUGUUUAUAAAAAGUCCUAUUCUCUUUACUGAUGUACAGUAUAUAUGGAAUUACAGUUAUUAACACCUAAAAUGACAUCUGAAAAUCCAUGACAUACAGAUUUUCGAAAGAACGAAAGAAAACCUUUGUAGUUUUUUGAAAAUGACCUGCAGCUUUGUAUAGAAUCACUAACUAUUUAUCUCCCAGAUUUACUUGCCAGCUCCAUUGGAUCCUUAGAUACUGGAAGAUCUCAGACGUAUUUCAGCAAAAAUCAAAAGCAGCAUUUUAAGGAGCAGAAUUAUCCCCCUUUAAUGAAUGCACCACUUCUUCAGCACUCCAGAACACAAAUAAAGUUGCCAGAUGGGAUCGUUUUCAUUGAGUGAUGUUAUGAUUAAAACUUAAAAUCAAACUAUUUCUCAAACCCGCAUUGAGGAGGUUCCUCUUAUGUACGUCUUACAGAAAAUGAUUUUUCUUUUGUUUAUCCUGAUUCUAACAUUUUGACCACGUGCCACUGUUCACAUUCCUUUGUCUGAGCAUUAUUUCCACAUUAAACAGAUAAUAUCAGGCUGUGUGUUCUUUCAAGUUUUUUAUUUUUCAGGAAAAAAGGUUUCACAAUAUAAGAUUAUAUGUGUAUUCUUUUAUGUCUUAUUUAUUGUAUAUAUAGCAAGAAAGCAAUACAAAUGAAAAAUGGACCGUAUGCUAAAGCUUUCUUGUUAGAUAUAAUCUUGUUGAUCUGUUAAACUGUCUAGAAUAGUAUUAAUUUGUUUUCCUGUUAGGUCAAGGAGUGCAAAAUAACCAAGAAUCAAAUCUUGAUGUUGUCAUUUCAAGGUUAUAAGUACUUAGGGUACGAUUUGAUUUGAGGAUAAAAUAUAAAUGUUAGACUAAAGUAAUUAACCUCGACCAUAUAUUAUAUAUUAUACUGAAGUAUAACAUGCAUAAAAUGCAGCUUGACUUGUGGGGAAAGUUAGAUAAAUGUUACAUGAACUUAACCUGAAUGUAGCCAUCGGAAACUGCGACUGCGAAUCAGCUUCAUUUUUUUCAGAAAAAGCAGGUUACGGCGUGGAAUACUCUGUCCCCUGUGCUAUAGUACUGCCCCAUUUUCCUGACAAGCAAUGCAUUCCUGCACUAAAACAUCUGUAUCCAAUAUUACUGUUCUCUAUGCCCGUUUGCAAUCAGAGCAAAACCAGAAAAAAUCUUUAUUCCGAUUUUGGCUGUCUGGUUACCAUUUUCCCCAUUUGGCUUAUUGAGUGCAUUCCCACUGAAUUAUUAUGUUCUUCACACUUGUAAAAACUUGGUCUUUGCCAGCAUCAUUCUCCGAGUUUGUCUCUGUGGGUUUGAACUUGCAGAAUGUAUUAUUUUUCAUGUUUCUUGCAUAAAACUGUUAAAACGACUAGUGAAUCUUUAUACAAUAUAGAAUAUUGUACCAUCAAAAUAUAUCAAAGCACAAUGUUUUAUUAUUUUUAUGAAAAUGAUGAAUACUUUUCUUUUUUUUAAGUUUUUGACCUUGCUGUAAAUAAAUGCAUGUUUCUCUGUGACCCAAAGCUUUUGUACAAAAACUGACUAAUAAAGAUUUAA